UACUCGUUGGAGUUACUUGGUGAGACUUAUCAAAAUAAUCUCUUCCUCCCUCUCUUAAAACAAAACAAAAAAGAAAAGAAGAGAUUUUUUUAGACGGAAAAAAGAGAAAUUAAUAGACUUACCCAUUAAUGGCGACAUCUAUAAUCUCUUCAGUUUCGUCAUCAACUAUUACAUCUGAUAAUCUCGCAAACAUGGGUUCUUCCGUUUUCCCUAAAUCCUCUUUUCUUUGUGGUGAAAACAAUUUCUUAUCAGCUCAUUUAAAGCCCAGAAGAAGUAGUAGAGUUGCAGUUCGUAAAAUUAGGGCUUCUGCAUCUUCAAACUCUUUCAAUCAUAUCCCUAAAAAGUUUAGAGAGGAGAAUCUUAUAGAUGGAGUGAUGGAGAAUUAUAAAAGUGUUCCCCAAUCACUAUAUGGCCUUUCUCCUUCACAACUGGACAUGUUCAUGACAGAAGACAACGUUGCCAGCCGACAAUCAAAGAAAGUCACUGAGGAGAGCAUUUCUUCCACUAGGAACUACCUUGAUCAUGGAGGAAUGUGGAGUUCUUCAGGCAUGAGCGAUGGAGAUCAUUCUAGGUAUAGUAUGAGUAUGAGUGUAAGCAUGUACCGAGGUGGAUCCAGAGGCGGCAAUGGAAGACCCAGGAGUGCUCCUCCAGAUCUUCCUUCUUUACUUUUGGAUGCUCGAAUCUGUUACCUUGGCAUGCCUAUUGUUCCGUCAGUGACUGAGCUUCUUGUUGCUCAACUUAUGUGGUUGGAUUACGACAAUCCCUCCAAACCUAUCUAUUUGUAUAUAAAUUCGUCUGGGACACAGAAUGAGAAGAUGGAAACCGUUGGAUCUGAAACCGAAGCAUAUGCAAUUGCUGACACUAUGGCUUAUUGCAAAUCCAAGAUCUAUACUGUGAAUUGUGGUAUGGCUUAUGGUCAAGCAGCAAUGUUGCUAUCACUGGGAGCGAAGGGUUUCCGUGCUCUGCAACCAAAUUCCUCAACAAAACUUUAUAUGCCGAAAGUCAGUAGAUCAAGUGGAGCAGCUAUUGAUAUGUGGCUCAAGGCAAAAGAGUUGGAGGCAAAUACCGACUACUAUGUUGAGCUAUUAGCCAAAGGAACAGGGAAGACUAAGGAAGAAAUUUCCAAAGAUAUUCAGCGACCUAGAUAUUUUCAAUCACAAGAAGCCAUAGCAUAUGGACUUGGGGAUAAGAUAAUUGAUGGCAGAGAUGGUGUAUAUGAAAAACGGGAUUACGAAGGAAUGCUUGCUCAAUCGAAAGCUAUGCGAAGAAUUGGAGGUCCUGGAGCCCAACCAGCUCCUUCAGGAUCUAGGUAAACAAAAGUGUCAGUAGUAUCUUGAAUGUAACUUAAAAUAUUAGUCAUGUUCACUUAAAGUGCCAGGAGCUAGUUGAUGUACGCGUGAACGCCAAAUGUAACUUAAAACCUCCGCAGAGCUUAAUCUAAUUCCUCAGCAGAUCUGAUUGAGCUGAAAUUGAAUUUAAAGCCGCCUUAUAUUACUCGACUCUAUUUGGGAGUGUUGAUGGCGUUAAAUAAAAACAGAUCAAGAUGUG